AUGGCAGCAACCCAGAACCUCAAAGAUCUCCAAUGGGUUCUGCAAUCCCUCAAAUCCGAAGGUCUCAACCUACAAAACAUCUCCUUCUACCUUUCACAACCCUCUUCUGGUUGCUACCAAGAAACCGAGAACUCCAUGAACAUAAACAUUUCAAAAGACAGCCUCUCUUACUUUUCACAGUUCCUCACAGUUUUAGGAACAUCCAAAGCAACCCAGUUGUCUCUAAGAAACUUGGAGUUCCACCAGAUCGAAUGGGAGCUCCAACAACUGCGUGAUCUCGCUGUGUUACUUGAGUGCAACUCAAACAUCAAGCUAGUCAUGUUUCGGAGAAACAGAUUCGGAAGAGAAUGCAUAUCAGAGCUAUCAGAAGUUCUGAAGAGAAAUGGAGUUAUCAAAGAGGUAAUGUUUACUGAAUCAAAUGUUGGGUCUGUUGGAGCUGCAUUUCUUGCUUCUGCUCUCAAAAUGAAUGAUAGCUUGGAAGAGUUACAGAUAUGGGAAGACUCCAUUGGCUCCAAGGGAGCAGAGGAGCUCUCAAAGAUGAUUGAAGUGAACUCAACACUGAAGCUGUUGACAAUAUUUGACUCGAAUUCGAUCACUGCAACCCCACUUAUCUCUGCAGUUUUAGCAAGGAAUAGAGCAAUGGAAGUUCAUGUUUGGAGUGGAGAAAAUGGCGAAAAGAGUUCUAAGGUGGUUGAGUUUCUACCUGAAAACAGCACACUGAGAAUUUACAGGCUGGACCUUUCAGGUGCAUGCAGGGUUGCCUGCGCUCUUGGCUGGAACUCAACUGUCAAGUCACUUGACAUGACUGGAGUGCGGUUGAAGUCAAGAUGGGCCAAGGAGUUUCGAUGGGUUUUGGAACAAAACCAGAGCCUCAAAGAGGUAAACUUGUCGAAAACUUGCCUGAAAGACAAGGGAGUCAUAUAUGUAGCAGCUGGACUAUUUAAGAACCAGAGUUUGGAGAGCUUGUAUUUGGAUGGAAACAGAUUUGGAGGUAUAGGAGUUGAGCAUUUACUCUGUCCUUUGAGCCGGUUUUCUGCUCUGCAAUAUCAAGCAAACAUUACUUUAAAGUCUGUGACAUUUGGAGGUGGAAGAACAAAGAUUGGAAGGGAGGGACUUGCAGCCAUUUUACAGAUGCUGACAUCCAAUGAGACUUUGACUCGGUUGGGGAUAUAUGAUGAUGAGAGUUUAAGAUCAGAUGAUUUUGUCAAAAUUUUCAGGAGCUUGGAGAAGAAUGCCUCCUUGAGACACUUGUCUUUACAGGGCUGCAAGGGUGUUCAAGGAGAGUUGCUUCUGCAGACAAUCAUGGAUACAUUACAGGUAAAUCCUUGGAUUGAAGAUAUCGAUCUUUCGAGAACACCACUGCAAACUUCAGGAAAGACUGAUGGGCUGUAUCAAAGAUUGGGUCAGAAUGGUAAGGCAGAACCCGAAACAGAUUUGCUCAAGGACAUGCCACUGACAGUACCAAAGAGCUGUAGGGUAUUUUUCUGUGGGCAAGAAUAUGCAGGUAAGACUACAUUAUGCAAUACAAUACUGCAGAGUUUCUACUCAUCAAAGCUUCCCCUCGUGGACCAAGUAAGAUCUCUAGUAAACCCAGUUGAGCAAGCAGUUAGAUCAGUUGGAGUGAAGAUCAAAACAUUCAAAGAUGACGACACGAAGAUUUCGAUAUGGAAUCUUGCUGGUCAGCAUGAAUUCUAUUCCCUCCAUGAUCUCAUGUUUCCGGGGCAUGGGAGUGCAUCAUUCUUUCUCGUAGUGUCCAGUCUAUUUAGGAAAACAAACAAUAGAGAGCCAAAGACUGCAACGGAGAUAGAAGAGGACCUCCAGUACUGGCUCAGGUUCAUAGUGUCAAAUUCAAAAAGAGCAGUUCAGCAAUGCAUGCUACCAAAUGUGACAAUCGUGCUCACGCACUAUGACAAAGUCAAUCAACCAUCACAGAACUUGCAGGAUGCAGUAAACUCAAUCCAAAGAUUGCGAGACAAGUUCCAGGGAUUUGUUGACUUCUACCCAACAGUGUUCACAGUUGAUGCAAGAUCAUCAGCAUCAGUGAAUAAACUCACCCAUCACAUUCUAAAGACAAGCAAGACGGUUCUUCAGAGAGUCCCAAGAAUCUAUCAGCUCUGCCAUGACCUUAUGCAAAUGCUAUCAGACUGGAGAUCAGAGAACUACAACAAGCCAGCCAUGCAGUGGAAGGAGUUUGAUGAGCUAUGCCAAGCCAAGGAUCCAUCCUUAAGAAUUCGGUCAAGACAUGAUAAUAGACCGAAGAUGGAAAUGAGGCGACGAGCUGUAGCUACUUGCCUUCAUCACAUAGGAGAGUUGAUAUAUUUUGAUGAACUGGGGUUUCUAAUCUUGGAUUGUGAGUGGUUCUGUGGUGAGGUUCUUGGCCAACUAAUAAGACUAGAUGUAAGAAAGCGAAGCUCCUCAGAGAAUAAUGGAUUCAUCAGCAGGAAAGAUUUCGAGAAGAUUCUUAGAGGAAGUCUACAGAGUCCAAUUCCUGGGAUGGGUUCAAAGAUAUUUGAUAACUUAGAGACUAGUGACCUUGUGAGGAUGAUGCUUAAACUCGAACUGUGUUACCAACAGGACCCAUCAGACCCUGAUUCAUUGCUAUUCAUUCCCUCACUUCUUGAAGAAGGCAGAGGGAAGCCACAAAGAUGGCCAUUUAGCAGACCUGAAUGCAUUUUUGCAGGCAGACAUCUUGAAUGUGAUGAUUCAAGCCACAUGUUCCUCACACCGGGCUUCUUUCCUCGACUACAGGUGCAACUGCAUAACAAAGUCAUGGCCUUGAAGAACCAACAUGGAGCAACUUACAGUCUUGAGAAGCACCUGAUCUCUAUAAACAUUAAUGGAAUCUACAUCAGAGUUGAAUUGGGAGGACAGCUUGGUUACUAUAUCGAUGUUCUAGCAUGCUCCACCAAGAACCUGACAGAAACACUUAGAGUCAGCCAGCAGCUUAUAAUACCAGCAAUUCAUAGCCUCUGUCAUGGCAUCACCUUGACUGAAAACGUGAUACGGCCAGAAUGUGUCCGUAACCUCACACCUCCAAGAUGCAGGAAAACACAAUGCGUUUCAUUGCAACAACUGAAACAUGCAUUGCUUUCUGUUCCUGCAGACAGCAUGUAUGAUUACCAGCACACAUGGGAUCCAAUCUCAGAUUUCGGAACACAAAUAAUGGGAGCUGGUUUUGACUUUGCCCGAGACCUCCUAUCAGAAGAUGACUUCCGAGAAGUACUGCACCGCAGAUAUCAUGACCUAUACAACCUUGCUCAAGAACUGGAAAUCCCACCUGAUAAUACAGAUGGAGCAGAGAACACAAUAUCCACCAGUGAUGAGCUUGCAACAGUUGAACCAACUAUUGGUGGAAUUGCCAAAGGGGUUGAAGUAGUUCUGCAGAGACUGAAGAUCAUUGAGCAAGAAAUCAGAGACUUGAAACAGGAGAUCCAAGGUUUGAGAUAUUAUGAGCAUAGACUCCUCUCUGAGCUUCACCGCAAAGUGACCUACCUUGUGACCUACAAUGUCCAAAUUGAAGAGAGGAAAGUGCCCAACAUGUUCUACUUUGUCAGAACAGAAAACUACUCUAGGAGAUUGAUCACCAACAUGGUUCCUGGAAUGAAUGCUAUUCGACUCCACAUGUUAUGUGAAUUCCGAAGAGAAAUGCAUGUUGUGGAAGAUCAGAUAGGGUGUGAAAUGAUGCAGGUUGAUAACACAACCGUGAAGUCCUUAGCACCAUACACCACAAAGUUCAUGAAACUGCUGACAUUUGCUCUCAAGAUAGGAGCUCAUCUAGCUGCUGGGAUGGGUGAAAUGAUACCUGAUUUGAGUAGGGAAGUUGCGCACCUGGCCGAUUCUUCCCUCUUAUAUGGAGCAACAGGCGCAGGAGCAGGGACAGCAGUUGCAGCAGGAGUUAUCGGAGCUGCAGCAAUUGGGCGUAUGAACAGAAGCAGGACUGCAGAAGGCUCAAGAGAUAUCCAGCAAGAUCUAAGAACAGCACAGCAGUGGGUUCUGGAUUUCUUGAGGGAGCGGAGAUGCUCAACUGGAAAAGAUAUUGCAGAGAAGUUUGGCUUAUGGAGAGUGAGGUACCAAGACGAUGGCCAGAUUGCAUGGAUCUGUAGGAGGCAUAUCAACCUCAGAGCACAUGAAGUAAUAGAAGUGCCACUUUGAUGCUAUGAAACUAUCUAAUAUGGUUGGGAUAAACAAAUGUCUGUAUUCUCUAUUUCUCUUUGGUGUUAUGAUGUACAAUUUUUCUUAUUAUGAUGUGCAAUGAAGUCUUCCCUC